AUGAAUCCAACUUUCAUCUCUUCUACCACUGUUGGCACCACUGAACAGCCUGACCCAGUUAAUCAAUGUUCCAUUAUGCACUCUAUCAAGGGUUCUACUCUCGGUACAACUGAACAGCCCGAUCCAGUCAACCAAUGCUCUAUCAU